AGUCAGUCUUCACGAUAACUGUGAGAGAGACAGGACUCGCUCUUGCCUACUCAGCACCAGCGCUCCGUAACACCAAAAUAUCGCUUUUCUUUCUACGCCACGGCCUUCAGACACUCUAGAAAAGGGAGUGGGUUGUUCCGUAGGGGUUAGGCGGGCUGUACAAGUGCUGAGUGGGCGUGAAAAAGGGGCGUAUGUGCUGUGAAAUUAAGUUAAACGAGUGAGACUAUUGUAUGUAGCUCCCCACAGUUCAUCUUACAGCGGAAACACACCGUGGGGAACCCUGUGUUUAAGUGUUUUUAAUGAGUGUACGUGUGUGAUGCAUUAUAACCACGUCUGUAUUCCCUUUCCGUACACGUGUCCCCCUCUUUGACACUCGGAAAUGGUGUUCUUAUCGAAGAAGAAGAAGAUAAAGGGUGUGAUAGCGGUGGCCUUAUCUCUGCAGGUCUCACUCACCAGCAGAUCGUAGUGGUGGUGGUGGUAGUGGUGGACUGACAUUGUAUAUUAUCAUCCUCGUACAUUGAAGCAGAGAAAUGUGUAGAAUAUUGAAGAUAACGACUAGUAGAAUGAAACAGUGUGAGCUUAAUUUGAGGUGAACCGAAUGAAGGAGGUGGAUGAAGAAAAGGUAGUGUGGAUUGAAGUGUGAAAAAGAUAUACCGUACUACGAGUGAGAUGAAAGGAAGGAAUUGGUGUAUUUAAUAGAGACGCGGAAGAAAAGUAAAGAAGGAAUGGACGGAUAAGAAAGAUAUGAGAGAAAAUGAAGCAGUAUAUAAGACAAAAGAUGGAGGAUAACAGUGUUAGUUUGCAUUAAACUUCAGUAAACUCAAAAAAUAGAGAAAAGAACAAAGAGAGAGAAGGAGAGGGAUAGAGAAAUUUGAGUGAGAGCGACUACUACUACUACUACUACUACUACUACUACUACUACUACUACCACCACCACAAUAACCACCAUCAUGUACCACUGGCAGAGCGAAGGCAGCAAGAAGUCCUCGGUGGAUGACAUGGUCCUUCUCACCAAGAUCACCGAGGACGCCAUCACCGACAAUCUGAAGAGGCGCCUGAUGGAGGACAAGAUCUACACCUACAUAGGGCCGGUGCUGGUGGCAGUGAACCCCUUCAAGCAGCUGCCAUACUUUGGGGACAAGGAGCUGGAGAUGUACCAGGGGGCAGCCACGUACGAGGUGCCCCCUCAUAUAUACGCCGUGGCUGACACUAUGUACAGGAACAUGCUCAUUGAUUCAGACAACCAGUGUGUUAUCAUCAGUGGUGAGUCGGGGGCAGGCAAGACAGUAUCAGCCAAAUACAUCAUGAACUACAUCACCAAGGUGUCGCAGGGCAGCAGCAAGGUGCAGCACAUCAAGGACAUCAUUCUGGAGUCCAACCCGCUGCUGGAGGCCUUCGGGAAUGCCAAGACCACCAGGAACAACAACUCCUCUAGAUUCGGAAAGUACAUUGAAAUCCAGUUCUCAAGGGGUGGCGAACCUUUAGGAGGCAAAAUCUCUAACUUCCUACUGGAGAAGUCUCGCGUCCACUCCCUGAAUGACGGAGAGAGGAGCUUCCACAUCUUCUACCAGCUGUGUGCCGGUGCCGACAGCAACAUGGGGGAGCAGCUCGGCAUCACCACACCUGACUACUUCCAAUACUUAGCCCAGAGUGAUGUGUACAAGGUGGACAACAUGAACGACGCACACGAAUUCCAGGAGACACUCAAUGCUAUGAAUGUGAUGGGCAUAACAGAGGACACUCAGUUGGACAUCCUGCGCAUUGUGGCGGCAAUCUUACACAUGGGGAACAUAACCUUCGCUGAGCAGGGCAACGCAGCGUACAUUGUCAGCCCUGAUUAUCUAGCCUUCCCUGCCUACCUGCUGGGGGUGUCUGCUGAGGCUUUAGGGCAGAAGCUGGUGAGUCGAGUGUUUGACAGUAAGUGGGGGAGCAAGUCGGAGCGGGUGGAUGUCACUCUGAACAUGGAGCAGGCACAGUUCACACGCGACGCCUGGACCAAGGGACUGUAUGCCCAGCUCUUUGACUAUAUUGUGGAGACGAUCAACAAAGCGAUGAUGACAGACGCCAACCUCAUCAACCUGGGAAUCUUGGACAUCUAUGGGUUUGAGAUCUUUGGCAAGAAUGGUUUUGAGCAAUUUUGCAUCAACUAUGUCAAUGAGAAGCUGCAGCAGAUCUUCAUUGACCUGACCCUCAAGAGUGAACAGGAGGAAUACAAUGCUGAGGGCAUACAGUGGAAGCCAAUCAAAUACUUUGACAACAAGAUCGUGUGUGAGCUGAUAGAGAGCAAACGCCCGCCUGGCAUCAUGAGCAUCCUGGAUGACACGUGUGCCACCAUGAGUGCCAAGUCUGAGGGGGCCGAUGAGGACUUCCACCGCAAAAUGGAGAGCCAGGUCGGCACACACCAUCACUAUCAGAAGUUCAACCAAGGCUUCAUGAUCAAACACUACGCUGGCAACGUGUCCUACCACAUUGACGGCUUUUGUGAGAAGAACCGCGACGUUCUCUUCCCAGACAUUAUUGAGGUGAUGCAGAGUAGCACCAACCCCUUCAUCUGCAGCCUCUUCAGUGAUGGUGCCCAGGGAGGAGGUAAGGGCCGGCCGGGAGUAGGCACCAAGGCAAGAUAUGAGGGGAAGGGGCGACCAACCACUGCAGGGAUGAAGAUUCGCACUCAGGCCAACGAACUGGUGACGACACUCACCAAGUGUGUGCCACACUACAUCCGCUGCAUCAAACCCAACGAGACCAAGAAACCACACGACUGGGACAACCAAAUGGCGAAGCAUCAGGUGGAGUAUUUGGGUCUGAAGGAGAACAUCAAGGUGAAGCGUGCAGGGUUUGCAUACCGGCGGCCGUUCCACAAGUUCCUGCAGCGUUAUGCCAUCCUGUCCCCCCAGAAAUUGGCGAACUCCCCUUCCAACCCCACACAGGCCAUUGACAGCAUCAUGGCCACUAUCAACAUGGACAGGGACCAGUACCAGAUAGGCUAUUCCAAAGUUUUCAUCAAGGAUCCCGAGUCACUGUACAUGAUAGAGGAGUGCCGGGAACGCAAGCUGGACUACUACAUCAGGGUGAUCCAGAACGCCUUCAGGAAGUUCUUCUGCAAACAGAAGUCCAACAAGGUCGCAAUGGAGGCAAGUCAGCUCUUCCUCAACCGCAAGGAGAGACGCGAGAACUCGUUAAAUCGAAACUUCCACGGCGAUUACAUAGGCAUGGAUUUCCGGCCGGCACUGUCUGCUCUCAUACCUCGCAGGGAGAAGGUCCUCUUUGCUCUCACUGUGGACAAACUUGAUCGGCAAUUCAGGAAGAGUAAACGUGACCUUAUCUUGACCAAGGGCGGCCUCUAUUUGAUAGGCCUGGUCAAGAUCAAAAAAGGUCCAGAGAAGGGCAAGAUCGUGCAGGCUCUCAAGAGGAAAAUUGACCUGGAGAAUGUGACGCAGGCGACACUUUCCACCCUGCGGGACAACCUGGUGGUGAUUCAUGUGCGAAAUGACUACGAGAUGGUGCUGGAGGUGGAGUUCAAGGCAGAGCUCAUCAUGCUUCUCAACCGUGAGCUCAAGAAACACCACAAACGGGAACUGCCACUUAACUUCACCAACAACAUCACCUACUCCGUCAAGAAGAUGCGCUGGGGUAUGAACUCCCAGAAGAAGCUUGUGUUUACCACAGGGACAGGCAAAGAGCCUGAGUUUGUCUCCUCGGGCAACACUCUCACCAUCAAGGUUCCUCCCGGCCUCCCAAACACCUCAUGGCCAACUGGGAAGAGAGUAAUCACCCCGGAUAUAAGGAUGCUGGGAGCCACCUUAAAUGCAUCAUCCAACAAAAAGCUUCCCGUUCACAAGAAACGCACGCCACCCAACCACCAUCCCAGCCCCCCAGCCUCCCACCACAGCCCUCCUGCAGGGAACCAAAGAGCAGCACCAGGCUUCCCUCCCAGACCCAUAGGCCAGCCACCCAGACCCUCCCUUGGCCUCACAUCACACUUCCCCCUUAGACCCACAAUGCCUCCCCCAUCUCCCUCCCCAUCGUUCAAUCCCUCCAGACCUCCCAUGGGGACAGAGAGCCCGCCGACAACACGCAAUGGUAGUGCCAGUGGUGGUGGUGGUGGUGGUGGUGGUAGUGGUCGUCCCAUGAUGCCAGGACAGAACAGAUUUGUGGCCAGAAAUCCGUCCUUCAACAACCCAAGUCCCAUCAGACCCCCUAUGCACCAGAUCAGACCUCCGCCACCACCAUCUGAUCCGCCGCCAGAGGACCAGCCAACUGUAGGGACCAGACCACCUUUUGGCGUCAGACCGCCUGUCCCGCUCAACAAACCCAAACCCAAGAAGCCACAAGUGCGAGCGCUGUUUGACUACAAUGCAAGGGAUUCUGACGAGAUGAGCUUCAGUGCCGGUGAUGUGUUGGACCUGGAGGAGGAAGGUGAGUGUUGAGGAAAUAGUGUUUCCGAUAGACCACUCAGUCAAUGGAAUGUACUGACUGGCCAAGUGGUGUGUGCAAGCAGCAUCCAUAGCUUCAAAAAUAAAUGUGAUAGAUUAACUUUAAAAGACUGGAUGUUAUGAGCUUGAUUCAACCCUGUAAAGAUGCAGUUAGGGUAAGAACACACACACACACACACACACACACACACACACACACACACACACACACACACACACACACACACACACACACACACACACACACACACACACACACACA